AUGGAUCCGCUCAGCAUAACAGCCUCUGUCAUUGCCAUUGUGCAGUUGACAGCGGCGGUAGGAUCGGGAUUCCAGCGGCUAAUGUCUCUGCGAGGUGCGUCCGACCAACUGCUGCAGGUCAUGAACGAGGUUACCGAUCUUGAAGCCCUGGCCCGCGAUAUGCAGAGCAUCUUACAGGAACGUGAUGAGGCCUCCUCGUUAGAUUCAGCGACACUCGCCACCCUACCAGGUCUAUGUCAGCAGGUGACUGCCUUAAUGCAAGAGCUGAAAGAUAUUGUGCAGGGCUGUCUCAAAGAAGAGAUUACAUCAACAGCAAGCUCUCUCAAGAUCAAGAGGAUCGCCUGGCUCCGUGCUGCGGAUAAGAUGAACACCAUGCAGGCGAGGAUACGCGCUAUGCGGCUCCGAUUGUCGUCAGCUCUGGCAUCCAUACAAUCCCUAGACAUGAUUCGUGUACGUCUAGUCCUACAGAAUCUCUCCCUUGCUCCAGGUCUCCAGGCAGGGGGUGGCAACAACUCCGAUCACCUGUCUGAUAUUGCCAGGCGCUUUGAAAAUAUCGAGGGCAUCCCUGAGCAGAUACGACAGAUUCUUGAAAUCUUGAAGCCUACACCGCCGGCGAGCAUGUCGGCAGGACUCACUCCUGUCGUCCCUAAAGGCCGUACCGCUGCCGAGGAGCUGGUAACACAUCACAUGUCCAAGGCUGUGAACCCGGGAACGCGCCUAGCUGUCAAUGGGCAGACGAUCCGCUUGACUUUUAACGCUUAUUCUACACAGAGGCUCGCCCGCCCCUGUCCCUGCCGGUGUCACACUACGAAAGCGGCCCAAACUUCCAAAUUGUUUCAGAAGGCAAUUGGCCAGCUUUUUGUCGGUUACGCCGGCCAGGUCUCACAUCUCAAAGAAUGCAAGAAGUGUCCCUGCGUAAAGGCCAAUGAUGCCAAGGUCAACUUGACUUAUUACUUUCCCUCAUGGUUCGUCUCGAGGGCUGUAGAAGUCAUCUUCCGGAGCUCCGAGCUUUAUGGCCCAUCCCUGAGCCUUCGGACUCACAGGGUCAUCCCGGACGAAUCGCCUCUAUUCCAUUUCGCGAAGUUGGGUAUGAUUCCCGAGAUUCAGCUCCUCUUCCAAGAUAAGAUGGCGUCGCCGUUCGAUAUCAGCUCCAAGACGGGCAGAUCAGCCUUGCAUUUUGCUGCUGAUUGGGGUCAGGAAGAGAUGUGCUCUUUUUUGAUCAGGUUCGGCGCUGAUGCCCACUAUGAGGACAAGUACCUGAUAUUUGUGUCUCCAUUUGAUAUUGUAUGGGAGAAACGAACGGAGCGUCGGCCCAAGACUGCUGCUGCCGCUUUUGGACUGGAGAAUGACUCCUACGACAUGGACCUACUGCUGAAGCGGGCACUUCGUCCUCUCCACCGCGCCGUCCUCGGCCUGUCGCCAGUUGAUGUUGCCACUCAGCUCGAAUCUUCGUGGCUGGAAGUCAAUAAACAGGAUUACUGGGGCCGUGUACCACUCUCCUGGGCUGCAGGUCGCGGAGAUGUGGCUGCUGUCGAGCUUUUGAUACAAUGGGAGGCAAAUGUCGCAAUCCCAGACAAGGGCGGUUGGACAUGCCUUCACCAUGCUGCAAGAGCGGAAGAUUCAAGUUGCAUACAGGCGCUCAUUGAAGCCGGCGCGCCAAUAAACAUAAAAAAUAACAGAGGUAACACACCUCUGGCCGUGGCAUGCAGCUACCGGGACAGUCCAGAGCAUGUUCUACCUUUCAUCCAAGGCGGAGCCGACCUGGCAUCGCCCAUGAAGGAUGGCUUCACACCGUUGGCCAUCUGUGCAAAGCACAACCACGUCUUUUGUGCGAAAGCGCUUGUGGAUCACGGUGCAAGCGUCGACGGCAUAGAAAACGGCAUGGCGUUCCCAAUUUCAGUAGCAGCAAGCUAUAAUUCCCAUGAGACCCUCUUGUGGCUUCUGUCGCUGGGCAAGAAUCACUCGCGUCUCGACCAUAACCGCUGGUCCCUUUUACAUCACGUCGCCCUCUUAGCUGACAAGGAGACGAUGGAGAUUCUCACAGAGGCACACCUCUUUGCCCUCGACCCGGAGCUCGAGUCCAUUGAUGGUAUGAAACCGCGCGACAUCUUUCUUAACCAGAGGAAACUGAGCCUCAACGAAAGCCCAGCGAUGUACCUGGAAUCGAAGGUGGCGUUUGAAGCUCUCCUGGAUUCUAUUGACCAACGCUAUAUUUCAACUAGCACAAGCCCGAGUUCUCUCAAUGAGGACUGGUAUGAUGCGCUUGACAAGAUGGAGCUUGGUGACACGGUCGCCUCAAUCAAGGAGGCAACAGUCGAGAUUUUGGAGGUUGCUAAUUAA